GAAAGACAACCGCAAUUGCAAAGUAGUGGCUGUUGAUCCAUAUGGUUCAACACUAGCCAGCCCGCCUGAAUUAAAUGAUGGACCAAUCAAGAGUUACCUGGUUGAAGGUAUUGGGAAGAAGUUCUUCCCAGCUGGUAUGGACAGGACAAUUACUGACAAGUGGUACAAGAUGCACGAUAAAGAUGGUUUCCUUUAUGCCAGGAAACUCAUAAACGAUGAAGGAUUGCUCUGUGGUGGCUCCAGUGGUAGUGCAUUGGCUGGUGCUAUAAAAGCUAUCAAAGACUUUAAUUUUGGAAAGGGCCAGCGUUGUGUUGUUAUACUUCCUGACUCCAUUAGAAACUAUAUGUCACGUUUUGUUAAUGAUGAUUGGAUGAUUGAUAAAGGAUUUCUUGAACUUCCAACUAAACUAACAACACAAUGGUAUGUAUCAGUACAUGCUCCUCACUUAAUCAAACUAUAGUAUUGCUUUGUUUUG